CGAGACUGAAUGACGUCGUCGGUCGGCGUUCGGAAAAACUGUCCACCGGCCACCAGGCGUCUGUGCUCGUCGUCGUCGUCGUCCGCCGUGGAAAAGGUGCACGGAGGCGUCACCGUAUGGGGAAUCACCGUCGGCUCCAACUGUCAGAUCGCUUUGCCGGUUUUCGGCACACUGUUCUUGGCCGUAGGAGCUGUUCUCACAGUCAUAUCUUACGGUUGGGUGGGCAACGACGAUGAUCAAAAGCGGAAACCGUAUUCGACUUCGGGAAACGGACGUCUAUUGGGUCCAAUAUGUUUGGUUAUGUCGGUCGUUAUGUUCACGGCGACCGCAGUGCUUCGAGUGAUCAGCACCAAAGCCCGUUUGCGUCAAACCCGCGUUGGGUUCCAUUGUCCCGUUCACGGCGAUUUCUUCCCCUUGAGUCCCGUGCUGGACCCCAGGAAUUUCUCUUUUUCUGCUGGUGCCAUAUCGCGGUAUCCUUGUAUAUGCGACUGUUUCAAACAACCCAAGAGGGAUUCGCAAGAAACGCUGGCCGUCGACGAUCUGUCGCCACAGUGUCCGCACCACGGCGCUCACGGCAGCACUCGAUGUCCGAGUCCCACAUCGUCUUGCCCGACUCCAAAACCGUUCUUGAUAUUCACCGACUCCGAACACGGAGGCAGCAGAGAACUUUUUGCCGGCAACACGCUGUUCCCGGACGAACCGUUUGGAUCCAUCCGAUCUCUUUCGGUGCCCAACGACACUUUGGCCGUGGCUUGUUUUCCAGUGGCGCACAAAGACGACUCUCACCUGUUGUGCGUUCCCGAGGAAGGAUGGUCACACAAAAGGAUGAGUUGUCCGAGUCUGCCUUCGACCGGCGACGAGUUUCCACAGCCCGAACCGACCAAACCACUGACUCCACAGGUCGUCAAAGUGGUCCGUGAGAUCCGUUUCGUCACGCCCAUCGAAAAGAAUUAACUAGAAAUCUAAUGGUCGCUUCAUCAAUUUAUGGUCAUGCGACUGCCACCAUACAUGGGAAUCUUGUUGUGUACAUACAUUUCUUAAUAAAGUAUUGUCUACUGUCUAGGUAGGUAAAGAGUUAGUUUUACAAUUUUACUUUUAUACCUUAUGUUGAAUGAACGUUCGCAGUAGGCAUCGUUGACAAUGGAGUACUAUGCUUAUCCUAGCGUUUCUUAACACCAUUCCUGGUUCCUCCAUGCAUAAUACAUGCACCUACAAGUUUUCUACUUUAUUACUUUUUAUAGUAAUAAUAGUUAUUAAACAAUAAUAUUAAUA